GAAACUCCACUUAUGAAAGGUGGCACCUCUUUGUGAGUGACAGUGUUCUUCCUUCUACAGCCGUCUCAGCUCACCUAGGUAGGAGAAUCUACAGGUGGAAGCAGUGGAUAAGACCGAAGUGUCACAAUGCCUAAGAGUAUCCAGAAAUCUUCAGUGUCGAACACUGUGUUCUACAAGCCAGUGGAAGGAGUGGAGGAAGUUAGGACAGGAUACCUGUUGAAGUCUCCUCCCCCAUUUCCACUCAAAACAAAGAACUCAUGGAAGCGGCGUUUCUUUGUGCUGUUCAAGAUGAAGGACGAAUCUUACCUGUUGAAAUACUUCAAAAGUUCAGAAGACAGGGAAAAACCAUACGGGGGCAUCGAGUUAUCUAAAAUUUCGCUGUUUUACUUGAGCCCUCAAAAACACAUCCAGUGGCCACGGAUCAACAAGAAUUUCAAAUGCUCUCCAGACUGCGUACUCUUCAUCAAGGCUCGUGACAGGGAAUACUUCCUCAUCGGAGAAGACAGUUCUGACAUUGAUGGCUGGUUCUGGGACAUAUAUGAGGCUCUGAAAUACCGCCCUCACCAAAUGCUGAAUCCGGAGGUCUUGGCUGAUGAUUCCUCUUUCACCAUUGAGUCUAUUUCAGAUCCUGUUCUAAGGGUUUUCACCCUUAAGAAGAGGGCAAAAUGUGUCAAAGAAGAUUGCAAGACCCAACCUGUGAAAGAUAGAUCUGCAUCUGAACCAAAUGAAGCAAUGGCAAAGUCCACAGAAAGUGUAAAGGAAUCACAACGAUCCAGGAGAGCCUGCUCAGAACCUGCGAGAAACUUUAUGGAGCUAUCACUCUAUGACUAUCCCAAGAGCUUCCUCAGAAAGGCGUCUCUGGGAAAUGAAGAAGUGACAUGUGGUCCUGGGCCUGUGACAGUGGAACAUGCCUGGAGACCCUUGUCAGAGCAAGUGAAAGAGCCCGGGAACAAUUACUACGAUUAUCCCAGGAGGUUUCUCAAUCACACACGCCAGGAGAGUGAAGAUGAGGAGGCCUAUGAGGAUGACAGACACAGCUACUACAUGAAAAUGGAGACAGUGUUUGAAAUAAUGAAGGAGGCUGGAGAAAGAGACAAGGAUUCCCUUGUUCAGUCGUUUGAAGUGAACGCUAAAGUUGAAGAGUUUACCACAGACAGCCUUGUUAGGUCUGUAACUCAAGUUUUCGACAAGCUCAAGACUCAGGUGCCAAUUGAGGCCGAAGCAGAUCCAGAUGAAAGCAGGGUGGACUUCCUGGCAGCCAGUGAUAGCAGUCCCACUGAGAAUGAAACUGGUCCUCCUGUGGUGAUGACCCAAUCAAAACACCUGGAGCAGCACAGCUCAAUCGAAAGACUAAACGUCUUCAUUAGCAAGGAGGAAGAGCUUCUUGCGGAGAAAGAUAUCAUUGUGAACCAGGAGGAUUUGAAAAAGCAUCUGGUGGUAUCAGAUGUGGAAGGCAAACCAUGUGUCUUCGGUUGGACAGGUCAGUCCCAGACCACUUAUCCAUUCCAUAAGGGUGACCGAAUUCUGGCAAUAAAUGACCUACACACUGGCAGUGUGGAAGAGUUCCAGACCUACCUCAGAAGACUCCUCAAAGAACAGGUGACACUGACCAUCUUGCGUCUACCUGGAUCUGAACCUAUGCCUUCCACCUUUAUUUCCAAUAAGUGAGUCCUCUGUAAUCAACAACAAAAAAAGCCUUUUACUGUACCUGACCAUGGUUCCUGUAGUUCAGGGUACUUAAAUAUGGACCUUUACAGUGUACAAAUGUAGGUCCAUAACAUCUGUGACAUUGCUAUAAUAUCAUUACUGUAUGGAUUCUUAUUGGAUUCUUAUUGAGAUUCGAAUGAUCUAUAUUGUAUAUUCCAGUGCUGACUGCUGGAAUAGGGAGGGGUGCCAGACUAGGGAAAGGGUGACCCAGUACCUUUUAGAUUACCCUUACAUCCUGAAAGUGCACAUUGCCUUGUCUCAGUAUUCUCCAAUUAUAGAUCCCAUCAUCAGGGCUGGCCUAUGCCCGAAAAUAGGCCCAUCCCUAAUUUCAGCUCAGUGGCAGCCAUAUUGCUCCAUGUUGUGUAACAAUCCCUAGUUGGUCAAGAGGGUGUGCUGCCUGUUUUGAAAUCCGGAUCCUAUCUGUUGUGUCAAAUCUCUUCCUGGGAAGAAAGAGGGCGCUUAGUUAGGCACUAAAAACCCAACUGAUGUGGGUGUUAAAAGUAUGUGACAAAAUAACAUUUCCCAAAAACAUCUUUGUGAUGAUAAACCUGCUUGGUGACGUACCUUGCAAACAUCCUUUUUAAUGUUCAGAGGCAUCAUAAUAAGCUUGUGCCAAAUAUUUGACAAGGCAGUGUUACACUGUUGAAUUGUGAAGUUAAUUCUGGUUUCCUGUCAAUAGAUACUCUUUGGGAGUCAAUCACUACAGGGUUCAGCCCACUGCUGAUUGCAAUGUGUUGAUUUAUACAUGAACCCCAGGGGAAACACUUGAGAUUUGUGAUCAUAUAUAUGUGAUCUAUUGAAGUAUAUGUACAGUUUGGAUUGAACGAAUCAGGAACCGGCCUGUGAUGCUGUGCCGAUCACAGUCCCAGCCCUGUGGCUACCUCUGCUUAUACUGACAUUUACCAACUGACCCAAGUUGAGCACUGGAUUUUGGUGUUUCAACACCCAUUGACACUUCCCUGCUGUAUGACUAUGUUUAGCCUGUGUUCUGCACCUCUCUUUCACAAACCAUCUCUGGAGGAGGGGAUCCCUCGAUGAAUUCUUCAAUUUUUUCUCCUCUAGUGAGUUUUUCCUUGUCUUUCUCGAGGAUUUAGGUUUGUUGAAGGGCAGUUCUAUGGGCGUAUGUGAAGCCCUCUGUGACAUUGCUUGUAAAAAGGGCUAUACAAAUACAUUUUGAUUUGAUUUAAUUUGAAAAUGAAUUUUCCUCUGACUUUCCUCUGACUUGUGCAAUGUAAUGCUAUGUAAUGACCUAUAUUCCACAGUCCAGUUGCGCCCCCUAGAGAGCAGAGGACUCCUUUAUAACACACAUUAUGUCUACCUUUUACUCCUGUUCUCUAUUUGCACUAUAUCUAAAACAUGCCUUGUACAUACUGGCUCCUGUAAAUGUGUCCUUUUACAUGUUUCCAUGUAUUAAAUCACUGUAAUAAAUACAGCUUUGGAUUGUG